GUGUCAAGUGUAAUCAAUUUUGAAAUAGAGUGAUUAAUUACAAAAGUAAUUUCAAACCGGACCAAAAUAGGGGCUAUUUAAGUAAAUUAGCUUUGCAAGUAGUUAUAAAAGAGAAAAAAUUGCUUCCCAACCGAACCGAAAUCUCCGGGAAGAGAAAUGGAGAAUAAUAACUUGGUGGCCGGCGAUCGGCCGACGUUGAUGGUAACGAACGACGAUGGAAUCGAUGCGCCCGGAUUGAGAGCUUUAGUUAAUGUGCUUGUUUCCACCAAGCGCUUUAACGUCCUCGUUUGUGCACCUGACUCUGAAAAGUCAGCUGUUAGUCAUAGCAUUACUUGGCGUAAUGCCCUUUCUGUUAAGCCAGUCGACAUCAGCGGAGCAACAGCAUUUGCAGUUUCAGGAACUCCAGCAGACUGUACUUCCCUGGGAAUCUCUAAAGCUCUGUUUCCUUCAGUACCUGAUCUGGUUAUCAGUGGUGUUAAUAUGGGUGACAACUGCGGCUAUCACAUAGUAUACUCGGGUACAGUGGCUGGCGCUAGGGAGGCUUUCUUCAAUGGUUUUCCUGCUGUGUCUAUAUCAUAUAAUUGGGUUCGUGGAAAAAGUCAUGUUAAUGACUUCACACUGGCUGCUAGAGCUUGCUUACCCAUCAUCAGCGGUAUAUUGGCUGAAAUCAAGAUGAAACACUAUCCCCAGAAUUGCUUUCUCAAUAUUGAUGUCCCAACAAAUGUUGUCAAUCACAAGGGAUACCAUCUAACCAGACAAGGAAAAAGUUUUAUUAAAAUGGGAUGGAGGCAAGUUACUUCUGAAAGAGAAGGAGGAAACAUUUUGUCCACAAUGACUAUGGAGACAAAUUCAACAGAAAGUACAGACGCUAGCGCUUUAAGAAAUGCACCACCAGAUCAUCUACUGCUUAAGAGACGAGUUACAAGAAUUCUAGUGGAGAAUGGUGAUACAGACUACUGUUCUCUCCAAGAAGGAUACAUAACUGUCACACCCCUUGGUGGCUUGUCUCCAGCAGAGCCAGAUGCUGUUUCAUUCUUUCAGAAUUGGCUGCCCAGUGUUGUUGAUCAUUACCCUUCCUCCGCUUUGUAGUGCCUUUAAGUUGGUCCUCCAAGUGAAAACCCAAUUCUGAUGUGACCCUAAGGUUAUCAUUGAUCAAUUUGUCAGAUGAAAGUUACAGAGAUUAGACAUUUCCUCAACAACAACAAAAACAAAAGUUUGUAGAGAUGAGACAAAUGGACUCAAGAGACCUCAAUGAGUGCCACGGAAUGGAAUUGUGCAUUUGCAUUUCAUUUCAGAUGUGGGCGUCCUCUCCCUGGUUAGAAUUCAGAUGUAUCUUUGUUUCACUUUCUGCAAGAUAUCCACUAUGACGUUUCAUAGACAUUUACUAAGAUCAUAAAAUUUGUAAUGUUACAGAAUUGCUUCAUGCCCAAUAAAGUUUUCCUAUAA